UUAACAUUGCCAUCCAAUAACAAAAAGGCCCUGCCGGGCUCUGUACAACGUGCCUUCAGAGAGAAGUUUUGGCUUCUGCGUGUGAUCUCCCUGUGCCGGAGCUGAGAGGGCAUCCACGAUGGAGGAGUUGGCUAAAGGAAGCAUCAGCCUGCUGGCCAAGCCUGGCGCAGAAUGCGAGAGCCCUAAUUUAUCGUCUGUGGGCGCCGUCUUCAUCAUGCUGAAGUCUGCGUUGGGAGCUGGGCUCCUGAACUUUCCUUGGGCAUUUAACAAAGCCGGUGGCACGCAUAUAGCCGUCACGGUGGAGAUGUGUUCCCUCAUCUUCCUGAUCAGCGGCCUGGUGAUUUUGGGAUACGUCUCGUCUUUGACCAACCAGACCACCUACCAGGGGGUGGUAAGAGCCGUGUGUGGCCCGGCCAUCGGAAAGCUCUGCGGAAUGUGCUUCAUACUUAACGUUUUCAUGAUCUCUGUGGCGUUUCUGCGAGUGGUGGAGGACCAGUUGGAGAAACUAUGUGAGUCUGGGAACGUGAAUGAGACCAUUCAUGUAAUGAGCAACAUGCCUCAACCAUGGUACAUGGACCAGCGCUUCAUCAUGACCCUCCUCUGCCUGGUGGUCAUCCUCCCUCUUUCCAUACCCAAGGAGAUCGGUUUUCAGAAAUAUACAAGCAUACUUGGAACCCUGGCUGCCUGUUACAUGACGGUGGUGAUCGUCGUGAAAUAUUAUGUAAUGGAUCAUCCUGUUGUCCACGAACACAAGUCUCCGUCAAGUUCCUCCUCUUUGGCCUCCAUGUUCAGUGUCAUUCCCACAAUCUGCUUCGGCUUCCAGUGCCAUGAAGCAUGUGUCACUAUCUACAGCAGCAUGAGGAACAAGAGUCUCUCAAACUGGGUGAUUGUGUCUGUGGUCUCCAUGUUCAUCUGUCUGCUGAUUUACUCCCUCACAGGUCUGUAUGGGUUCCUCACAUUUGGGGAAGCUGUGGCUGGUGAUAUCCUGAUGUCUUAUCCUGGGGAUGACGUUGUUGUUAUAAUUGCCAGGCUACUUUUUGCUGUCUCUAUCAUAACAAUCUACCCGAUUAUUCUGCUACUGGGCAGGACUGUCCUGCAAGAAGCCUGGUUGGACCAUAAGACCAGCUACAUCUACACGACGUACGAACGUUUAAUUCGGGUCAUCCUUACAGUCCUCUGGAUCCUAAUAACUCUGAUCAUCUCCCUAUUUGUUCCUGACAUUAGCAAGGUGAUUUCUGUCAUCGGGGGAAUAAGCGCCUUCUUCAUCUUCAUCUUCCCAGGUAUCUGCCUGAUUUGUGCUGUGGAAGUAGAACCAAUGAGCCCAAGGAAAAAGAACAUUCUUAUUACCUGGGGAAUUAUUUCCAUCCUUUGCGGAGCCUUUAUUUUUGGUCAGAGUACAACCAUCGCUGUCUUAGAGUUUCUGGACAAAUUCUGAGAACUUUAUGGCUACACAACCGCUGCGGUCAGGAGUAGAAGUGGCAAGUUUUAAUAUGUAUCUUAUUAUUUUUAUUUAAAUGUUAACAGUUUACCAAUAAAUACGUUUAUUUCCAGAA